UUUUGAUUUCGAAAUUUCGCGUCGCAGCAAUAACAUAAUGGAAGAAAAUAAACAAAAUCCAGAAGUGGAUGUAUCUGAGAAAAAAAGAAAGCCCAGAUUGACCAAGGCCACAAAGCAGCGCGUUCUGAAGUAUUUGGAAAAGACUGGAUUCUCGCGGGAAACCCUGAAGCGGGCCACGGAAGGUGAAAAAAAUGCCGAAGCGAUAAUUGAGUACAUGGUUAAUAGUUGUGAAGAAGCAGAGGCGAAGGUGGAGCGCGAAUGCGAUUCGGUGAGCCUCAACAACAUCAACGAGUGGCUGGAGCUGAUGAAGUCCACGCAGUUGUCCGAACGCUGUGAGUUCGAGGCAGCCGCCGUUGUCAACUCCAUACUGCUCAACGAGCGGCAGCCAUUGCCGGCGAAGAUGAAUGGCAUCGACUUGAAAGCUGCCUAUAAAUUCCUGAGCAACGCACUGAUGGGACAGCCCCAGGAGCAAAUGAGUGAUGCAACCAAAGCAUUCCUGUCCCGAGAAAUAGAGCUCCUGAUAGCCGAGGCCAAUACAGAUGAAUCGGACGAGGCGGCUCGAGACAUGGGGCAGCGCCUGUAUAAAAGCACGGAGUACGACUACCAGGCACAGCCACGCAAGUGCAGCCUGGACCCGCUCUUCCAGGACGAAUGGAAAACAUAGACGCUGAUUGUUAAUUUCCACACAUUUAUUAAUCAUUUAAAUUCAAUUGUUUGUUAGUUUUAUACACGUACACAUACUCUUUGCACCAUUCCAACAUUAAAUCCAACUAACCCACAUGAUUAUACAUGUGUAUGCGUAUACCUAACCAUUGUACGAGUACGCAUAGAUACAUAUUAGUUAAUUACACCCAUAAUUAAGUACUUUACUAUAAACAGUUGAAGCACAUUUAAAAUCUAGAAUUUCUUUAGUACACAAUUACUUCAAGUAGGUGUAAGUACGAGUAUAUGAAAAAGAGCUGGGGUCUUGGCAUGGCCUCUGCCGUCUUGCCACACAUUUCUUGUGCAUGAUUGUUUUCAAUUUCCAUAAUUCAUUUUGUUGCCAAUUUGUAAGUAGACUAGAGUUAGAAUAGAGUUUUAGUUUUGGUUUUGCUUAUGCUUUGUUUUAAACUUUAAGAGGCAUAAAAACAUUGGAGUGCUGCUUGACUCUCAUAGCAUCACAAUAGAUCACAAGAGACAGAGUUUGGUUUUCCAAAUAGCCGAAGAGGAUGAGGUUCUCAUACAUACAAUCAGAGUUACAUACAUAAUACACGACAAAUACAAAUACAAAUAUAGUAAUACCCUUUAAUUUGUUACCACAAUUAGUGUUUUUUUUUCUCAUUAAACUUAUGUCUGUACGUAUGUAUGUGUGGUAUGUAUGUAUGUUCACACAAUCAAAUGCAAUUCAAUAUUCAAUAAUGUACACAUAAUAAUACAUAAACUCUUAAAUGUGUUCAGUUCAGUCCAGUUUGAGCUUUUGGUUUUCCCCUUUAUUUUUUGGUUUUGUUUAGUUUAAAUUAAUUUAAGUUAAGUUAAUCUAAUUUAUGUAUACAUGUAUGAUUAAGUCCUAGAGUCAACCAUCCAUAAACCAUAUCGAUAUGCCUUGUCUAAGAUCCGUGGAUCGAAUGUGUAAAUCAAUGAACCAAAACUCAGACUCAA